AUGUCCACGAGUCAUGCGGGUGCAGCCAAGUCGUGCGGUGGAAGCAUCCGCAAAGCCGUAGACGUCGUUGCCUCUAUCCUCCUGCUUUACCACCUCGAAUGCGGGGCACCACCCAACAUAUCGACGGACACCAUGGACGUUGCUGUAAAUAGGUUGGCGGAAGUCCACAGUCGCAGAUUUUAUUUUGAAGAUGAUUUCACCUACAGAAUCAGAGAAAAUCGUGAUCUCUCGUGA